AUCCCUGUGUUAACCAUGGUUUUUUUCAGGAAAGGGAAAAUGUCUAAAUAGUUAGAAUUGUUUUACUAAAGAAUUUCAGAGAUGGAAGGGAAUAAUUUUGUGAUCAGGAUCAGGACAGGUGAAGGAGAAGACAUGGAAUGGAUGGUGAACCCUUAUACAGUCACCUUUCACGAGGCGCUGGAAGUGAUGACCAGAGUUGUACCUCAUGCCUCAAUAUCAGCAUUUGACUAUGAAGAUGAAGAUGGGGACAAGAUAACUGUCAGAAGUGAUGAUGAAAUGAAAACCAUGAUAGUCAAUUAUUUGAAUUCUACAAAUGAAAUAGCAGCAACAAGUGGAAAUUUACAGCCCUUAGUCAUUUUUCCAAGAGCCAGCAAGUCCUCUGAUAAAAGAAACAUACAUGGGUUGAAGGUAAAAACAAAGAGUCCAAAUGCUGUACCAGCAGGAGACCCAGGCAUUGUACAUGGUAGUAGGAAACAACAGGCCAGUGAUCUACAAGAGAUCUUGGCCUGUGGACAUAUAUCUGAUGCACACCUUCAUUACAUUGAGAUACUGGGGAGUGGUAAUGGUGGAACAGUAUACAGAGCCCAGCACAGACCAAGUGGUACUAUUAUGGCUGUCAAGGUUAUUCCCCUCGAUAUCACCCCAGAAAUCCAGCAACAAAUUAUAUCAGAAUUAGAAGUUUUAUACAAAAGCAAUUCUCCUAUGAUAAUAGGAUUUUAUGGUGCUUAUUUUAUUGAAAAUAGAAUUUCCAUUUGUACAGAAUUUAUGGAUGGAGGCUCAUUAGACAAGUAUGGCCAAAUUCCUGAAACAGUAUUAGGUAGAAUGGCAGUAGCAGUAGUAAAAGGCUUACAUUAUUUAUGGAACUUAAAGAUUAUGCAUAGAGAUGUCAAACCCUCCAAUAUUUUAGUCAACACACAAGGACACGUGAAGCUGUGUGAUUUUGGAGUCAGUGUGCAGUUAGUAACUUCAAUAGCCAGGACAUACGUAGGCACUAAUGUGUACAUGGCACCAGAAAGAUUAGAGGGUAAUGGCUAUAGUAUUCACUCAGAGGUGUGGAGUUUUGGGCUAUCUUUAUGUGAGUUAGCUGUAGGCAGGUUUCCUUAUAAAGCACCAGACCAUUCAAAUUCAGCAAUUGGGCUAUUAAAUACAAUUGUGAAAGAGCCUCCACCUAGACUUCCAGAUGGCAUCUUUUCAGAGGGGUUUAUAGAUUUUGUUGCCUUGUGUAUGCAGAAAGAUCCAACCAUAAGGCCUGCACCAAGAGACCUUCUGCAACAUCCAUUCAUAGUAAAAAAUGAUGAUGGUAACACAGAGAUAAUAGCAGCUUGGGUUGGUGCUAAACUUCAGCAAAUCCAGCUACGGAGAAUUGCUCAUGCAACAAGCAGUGCAUAAGUUAUUAUCCAAAGAGUGGCAACAAGGCCCAAAUAUGCAGAUGUAACAUCUUAACAAAACAAGUGACUGGCAGUCAGUAUUGGUUGCAAAGCACAUCACUUACAAGAAUGUUUCAGAACACAUGGAGAAAAAUGGACUAUUUGGGAGUUGCAGAAUCAUUUGCAAAACUUCUAAGGGCUAUGUGAGAAACUGAUGUUUCUGGGAAAAAUGUAGCUUCAUGAAGAGGUCCUGCUUUUACAAUUACAGUUGCAUUAGACAUUCUACAUAGGGGCAUGAGUAACAAUUUUAUUAUGUUGACGAUGAUGACUGUGAUAUUUAUUUUUGGGUGAGCAGUGUAAUGUGAAACACUGGGUACGUCAUUUUUUAUGAUGUGAACUAAUACUUUAUUAAUUAAAUUUAAGACUUGAACCAAGAUCAGGAAUAUUAUACUGUAAUGCUGGCCUAUGGUGAAUGCUGCCUUUAACAGGAUUAUCAUAAUGGGGAUUGGAUGUAGCUCAGUGAUGCACACUGGCAUUUUUUCCAGUUACAAAUACUUACCUUUUUGCAAGAAUUUAAAAGGUUUGUCACAAACUUGACAAAUAUUGGAAUCUGAAAUUUACUGCUUAAAGCACAGUAAUUGCUUCGUAGUCAUACUACUGUAUUAUUUUGUGUGACAUUCAAGACCUUUCUACAAACAUUUUACCCACAUUAGAGACAGUGGUCAAUAAACUGGAAAUGCAUGUUAUAUAAAGGCAGUGUCAGUAGAAAAAAUUUGGGUCACAGAACACUUUUUCUUUUAUGAUGAGAAAUUGAGUAUUGUUCUAAGAGGUUGGUUGGUUGUCAACAAAUUAAUGAGUGCUACUUGUACAAUAUUCCUGCUUCAAAGUUGUUUAUUAAAUUAUUAUAAAGGUUUUUGUUUAAAAGGCAUCCAUCUGAUUUUUAUCUCUACUUACGAUUUACUUACUGAAACCUCUGGCUCAUAACUUAAAACAUACCUAGAUGUGAAAGAAUGAUUUUCUUAGCAGUUUCUAUGUGUAAACACGAGAUUAAACAAAAAUUGAAUAGGUCAGGUCUUUGAGAAAAGGGUGUACUGGCAUCAUAAUACAUACUUUGGUAAACAGGAAUUGAUUAGAAUUAAGCUGAUGUGGUAAGCAAAAAGUGAAUUGCUGAUUGUGCCCUAUUAUCUACAAGUAUGCUUCAUACCUACAUCACAUAUAAAUGUGCCUGAAACUAUUCAUAUAAUUUCAAAAAAAAUAAAUUUUUUAUUCUCCAUUUAAAAUGAAAUAGCAUUUCCCCUAUGAUAAAACAGCAUAUGGUUUUUGUUUGUAUGUUUUAAACAGUGAAGGAUACUAGUAGUCCAAUUAUUGCCCAGGGAUUGAACAUGUUUAUUGAGACAUAUUUAUUUAGUUCAAUACCUUGUGAAGUUGGCUGAGCUUGAACUGCAGGGUUUAUUGCCAUAUCUCAUUCAGCAAUGAGUCGAAACUUAAAAAGCUCAUAAAAGUGACUAUCACAUGCAUAUUGAUUUGGUUAGCAACUUCAUUUACAAUAAGCAAUUAAAGACACUAGUUUGAACACGUAUUGGAAAGCUAAAGCUGCCACAAAGGCAAUACACAUUUUAAGGUGUAUGAGUUUGGUAUAAGAAGACAAUGAAAAAAUACAGCCUUUUCCAAAAGAUGUUGGAGGAUGGUAUCUUAGACAAAAUCUAGCUGGCUAGACCUGAUCAACAUAGUGAUAUCAAGAGUGGUUUUAUAGAUAAGACUUAAGUCUACCUUCAGUGUAAUCUAGCUCAUAAACGAGUUGUAACUUAGAAACAUGUAAGCUCCAAGGUAUUUAUAUUUUAAUGGUUUUAUAGCAUAUUAAACUAAAAUCAUAACCUUGGGAUGCAGAUGUACAGGAAUGUUGUUUUAGUAAUGGCAAGCAAUUGGCUACAUUGACUGAACUUGAUCUAAAGUCAUACUGGUUAUGACUGUAGAAACUUAAACACACAAAAAUUGGUUAGUUUUCAUCACACUAAACCAAGUAGCAGUUAAUUUGAAGGAUACUGUCUUAAUUACUGUUAUAAUGAUAUACAGAAUUAACGAAUUAUAACUAGUAGUAGAGCAUGUUGAUUUAAAUACAAACAUGGUGGACAGGCCCGUAGCCAGCAAUUUCAAAAGGAGGGUUCGUUUUCUGAAAAAGUGGACCUUUUCCCAUAAAA